AGAAAACAAAAACUGUCCGGUAUGGUUGCCUGUUGUUAAAAAGAGCCCAUGCAUUCGCUUGAAAAUAAAAAUGUAUCUUUAAUAAAAUAUAUUAAGUUCACUACUACGAAUAACAAAGAAUGAUAUGGAGGAUUUAUCUGCUACGGGGCAUCAAGACACAGGGGGAGAUGCCUCGCCGAAGGCUGGGGGUAGCUCCUCUGGGCAGAGAGCAAUGUUUCGGAUGGAUCGUCACAUGACUAAUUCUGGAGAAAAGAAGACUCCAAAAAAGGAAACCGCCACAUCCAAAGAUUCCCAGAAAAAGAAGAAGAAAACAAAACUGUACAGACGACCAAAGGUCAAUUACACAGUCCAAGAGGGUGAGGACAUGCUUUUUGUUAUCUCCAACAUAAACAACUAUGACAGCAUAUGGAAGCCCAAGAGGAAAGCCCGUAAGAGGAAGAACACUUCAGGUGGCAAGACCAAACUCCCUCCUGCAAAAAUAAAAACACAGAUGGCAAAACCUCAAAUGAAAAAAAAGGUGAUGCCUGGCCAGGAAGCUGCACUCGUACCAGUUCGACAUUGUGCAGAAGGGGAGGAUGACAGCUGGAGCAGGAACCUGCCUGUGGAGCUUUUGGUAAACAUUUUCCAGCUGGUGCUCAAUCAGGAGGGAGCCAUACCUUUUCUGUGCAGGGCAGCCAGAGUUUGUCAGCUUUGGAAUUCUGCAGCUGCUAAUCCCAUUUUGUGGCGCCGUGUUUCGAUUGGCUACUGCUGGACGGAGCCUGGUAAGACCCAGUUGCCAAAAACAGAAAUGAAGAUCAAGAAUACUGUAAGCUGGUUAGCCCAGAACAGAUUUGCUCAACUCAGGGAUUUUGCUCUUUGUCACUGGAAAAAGCAUGUGGACUAUGUUGUACAGGUUGUUUCUCAGUUCUGCCCCCAUCUUACAUCGCUCAAGCUGACUUACUGUACUGGUAUGACAGAGAAGGCCUUUCAGGACCUUGGCACCUACUGUCCAUCACUGGAGACCAUCAAUGUGCAGUAUUCAGAGUUUCAAAUAGAUGGUCUGGUUACUUACUUGGAAACAUUCGGGAGCCGAUUAAGAAAGAUUCUCUUCACCUAUGGAUGUAAGAUUGACAGACUCCUCUCUGUAAUUGCAAAAGGAUGUUGCCCUGGACUGACCUUACUAGAAAUAAACACAAAGCUUGAUAGUGGAUUCUGCCAGCUUCCCAUAUGCAUCCCAAGCUUGCAGAGUUCAUGUCCUCAACUACAGAUUUUCAGAAUGCUGAAUGUCACACCUGUGAUGAAAACAACCCGGAAAGCUCCAAGAAUCUCAACUGGCUUUCCCCAGCUGAUAGAGCUGUGCUUGGCCACUUCCUCAGUGUCUUUCAUGACAGACCAACACUUAAACAGUGUGCUUCACGGUUCCCCCAAUCUGCGGAUCCUAGACCUUCGUGGCUGCACUCGAAUCACCACUGACAUCCUGUCAGUACUGCCCUGUGAAGGGCUGGAGUGUCUGUACUGGGGACUCUACUUCAGUAGUAACAACAUGGUGUCCUCCAAGAAAGGCAUCCACCUUCUAACACAGAAGUGGAGCCGCACACUGCGUGAACUGGACCUCACCUGCCAGCCUUUCUCAGAGGAGGACUUGGAGAUCGCCAUGGCCAACCUGGCACAUGGCACUGGAGCUGAACUACUCCAGUCUCUCAAUCUGAGCUCGACAAAGGUCAGCAAAAGUGCUCUGAGGGCAAUUAUAAGCCAGUGUACGAAGCUGAAGUACUUGAACCUGACUUCAUGUCGGUACCUUCCAAGAGGUCUGAAGAGAGUUUACAGAUGUCAGGAAGACAUUCACCAGCUGCUUGAUAAAAUUGUAUAAAGAGCAUAUGCAACACACCUAGAAUUUAUUUCAGGAUAUACCAUAAUCCUACAGCAGUGAUAGCAACACCCUUUUUUUCCCCCAAUGAACUUCCUUUUUGUAAUUAUUGUGAUUUCUAGUAACAUUUGACGAGCCGAGUGUAAACAAAGCAAUAUUUCUGGGACAUGUCACCAACGGAAAGCAGAAAGUUUAAAGGCAGCCUUUAAUUAAUUGUUAAGAGAAGGAGUCUUUAAUUGUUCGUACCUUUAGUCAACAUGUUUGAGUCUUAGAAUGGAAAAGACCCCCUCGAAUUGGGGACCAGUGACAUGGGAAGGAUCAGUAUGGGUGUGAAUUUCUUCUCAUUCUUCAGUCAUGCACAACACCCGAAAGACAAGGACCAGCCUGAAAUUCACCCAGAAGCAAAUCAAAGACAUUAUACCAGACAACAACAAGCUAAAGAAUAGUCUGACCAAUCUUUAAAACCAAAUGGGUGCUCAUAGCAACAGAGAAGAUUAAAAGAAAUUACAUUUCUUCUUGGUUAAAUUUAGUUUGGUUUAGUCAUUGGUUUAGUCAUUCUCAAUCAUUGUAAUAUACAGCUCUGUAAAAAAUGAAGAGAACACUCUAUAUUUAAAAAAAAAAAUCUACAUUUUAAAAUCCUGGUUCUGCUAGCAGAACGAUA